AUGGGAGAUAGGUACUCCUAUGAUUCGGCUGCGGUUGAUGCCAAAAUAAUACAACAUUGGAGAGAACUCAGGGAACAAUUGGACGUCAAAGCUGAACAACAAUCGGCCGUAAUCAAUGCAAAAAUAGAAAAUCAGAUGAUGAGAAUGGAAGACAUCACAUCAAAAAUUGAACAGAAAUUUGAUCAAAAGGUUAUUGGGUUCGAACAGAAGUUAUCUUGCGAAGUGGAUAAACUUAAACAAGAACUGGAAGAAACUAAGAAAAUAAACUCCACACCUGUAAGCCACCGGACCACAAAGACAUUGAAAGUGUCAGCAUUUGACGGAGAAACUUCUUGGAACAUAAAUAAAGCCCAGUUUGAAACAGCAGCAAUGAAUUUUGGCUGGAAUAUAAGAAAGAGGACAACGGCUCUUGUAGUAGCGUUACGAGGAUUAGAGGCUGAAGAUCUCCAAACGAUUCCAGUCGAAAAAUAUUUCAACUAUGAUGUCCUGGUAAAUGCGUUGAUUUUACGUUACGGUGAAGAGCACAUGAGGCAAAUAUAUCGGUCCCAGUUAAGAAACUGGACACAGCGAAAUGUAGAGUCAAUACAGCAGCUGUCACAGGAUAUUGAACUGUUGACUCAGCUGUCAUACCCCCACGUAAGACCCACAACACAGAGAACAAACUGCAUUGGAAACGUUUGCAAAGGCUGUUCGAGAUUCAGAUCUUUGACAAACCUUUAUACUAGCAGACUAUUUUGA